AUCGCGAUCGGCGGGGUCCGCGGUAUCCUCCGGCGGCUCUCUGCCGCCCGGUUGACCGCGCGCGCGCGGGCGGUUGCUGCGGAAGCUCCUCCGACAUAACAGCGGCAGGCACUUUAGUGGCGUCGACACGGACAAGUUAGCUAGCCCUGAUGAUGAUGAUGAUGCCGGCCGGGGCCAGACCUUCGCAAUAAAGUUCAACUUGCAUUUUUAGGAUGACUUACUUACAGUCCUAACCUUUUCAACAAUUUGAAAUUGUGUUUAUGCGCCAUACACUCUUGUUAUCAUAUUCCGAUUUUCAACUCGCUAUCAAAAUACUCGACACUAUUCUCAAUACAAAUAAAACCAAAAAACUCUUUUAUUAUUAUUAUUAUUUUGUUUUUGUAACUCUUUCACUGUCAUUGACGAUAGACGUCCAGUCACGUGGCGUUUUAUUAUUCGAAAAGAGUUUGUCACCCGUCCAUGCAUCCAUCUCCACUUGAAGUUGUUGCUUUCAGUACUAAUGACGGCGCUAGACGUCCCAUCCGUCCGAAUGGAUUGGACGUGUAGCGCCAUUAAGUAAGGUGAUCGUUUCUGAUGAAUUCGUCCGUUAAAGGGAGAUUUCAGUGGAAUCGUCUGCUUUUUCUUCUGAUUUAUGCAUGCUCAUUUUUUCAACUCUGCUUUUUCCCCCCUUUUCCACUGGAAGACUUGACGUGAUCGAGAUAUAUGCAUGCACCCCAAAAAGAUGAAGAACAAAACUAGCAGCUCUCCAGUGAGUGGGAGGAGACGUUUGUGGUCAUGGCAACACUAUCUGAAGCAGCAGAACGCCCAAGCGGCUCCCCUGGAGAUCUUUACGCAGUUUCAGGGAUUUCCCACCAAAAAGAGUGCCUUCAAAGUCGGAAUGAAGCUGGAAGGAAUCGACCCGCUGCAUCCUUCCAUGUUUUGCGUCAUGACUGUUGCCGAGGUGAUCGGCUGUCGUCUGCGCGUCCAUUUCGACGGCUACCCGGAGUGCUACGACUUCUGGGUCAACUUCGACUCGGCCGACAUCCGACCGGCGGGCUGGUGUCGCCGCGUCGAACGCAGGCUCCACCCACCCAAAGGUUACAGUGAGAGCGAUUUCGAUUGGUCGUCGUACCUGCGGUCCACCGGAGCUCAGGCCGCACCUCCCGAGAUUUUCCCCUGUCGCGCGGCGUCGUGCGACUUUCAGGUGGGCAUGAAGUUGGAGGCGGUGGACCAAAAAAAUCCGAGCCUGGUGUGCGUGGCGUCGGUGGCCGACGUGGCGGACGAUCGCGUUCUGGUCCAUUUUGACAACUGGGACAACUCGUACGACUACUGGUGCGAUAGCGCCAGUCCUUUGAUCCGUCCCGUCGGGUGGUGCGAGGAACACGGACGACCUUUGACCGCGCCGCACGGUCACCCCGAUCCCGAGAACUUUACCUGGGAGGAAUACCUGCGAGAUUCGGGUUUCAAAGCUGCCCCGAGAGCGGCUUUUACCACGAGAGCUCCGCACGGUUUUCGGAUCGACCAAAGACUGGAAGCGGUGGAUAAGAGGAACCCCGUGCUGAUUCGAGUGGCCACCAUAACGGCGAUCGAAGAGCACAGAGUCAAGGUGCACUACGACGGCUGGUCUCAUCAUUUCGACGCGUGGUGCGACGCCGACCUGGCCGACCUCCAUCCGGCGGGUUGGUGUCAGCGCACCGGUCACCCGCUGGAGGCGCCUCCGGACUGGUCGGCGUCCCCCUCGCACUCUCAGGGCGCGUGUCCCACGUUGGGCUGCCGCGGAGUGGGGCACAUCAAAGGAGCCAAAUACAACGGACACCACAGCGCCUUCGGAUGUCCGUACUCGGAGAUGAAUAUGCGCAAGGAGCCGCUGCUUCCCGAUCGGCUCGGCGGAGCCGUCGCUCAUCAAGCCGGCGACCGUUCGGAAGGCAGGGAGAGCGGCGAGGUGACCGCAGAGUCCGGCGAUUCCCCUUUGGCCAAAAGAAGAAGAACGUCAGACAGGAAGUCCAAGUUCCCGCAGGUCAAACAGGAAGAGGCGGAACUUAAUAUUCCGGCCCGCGGUCCAGAGUUCCUCCAUCAGUCGGUCUUCCUGUCGUCGGCCCCGACCGCCCGCGACCCGUCGCUCUGCUGGGAGCAACACCGUAAACUUCUGCCGGGGGUCACCAGGGUCCGCGCCGGCGCCGUCCGCCGCUGGAGCGUGCGGCAGGUGUGCGCCUUCGUGGAGUCGCUUCCCGGUUGCGAGGACUCGGCCAAACAAUUCGACGACGAGCAAAUUGACGGGAAGGCCUUCCUUCUCCUCACUCAGCGAGACAUCGUCAGUAUCAUGUCCAUCAAACUGGGUCCCGCCCUCAAGAUUUACAAUUCCAUCUUGAUGUUUAAACACGAGGAAUGCGACCAAGACCAAGAGAAUCCGUCGCGCGGCGCCGACCGAAACCCGUCGCCCGAGAACUCCACGCGGGACGAAGACGAGAGCCGGUCGUCUUAUGAAGACGAGAAGCUAGUGGGGGAUUUGACCGAGAGCCGAGCAGGUCAGGAAGACCUGGAUCGAAAUUGUGAUAUUAACAAGAACCGGUCAGAUCGCCACCAUCGUGAAGAUGAGACUGACAAAAACCGAGACGGGAACCAGUUACUGAACAGGAAGCGGUCAGAUGAUGAUCAAAAACGGGAAAUUGACAGGAACCAAUCAGACAACGAAAAAAAGCCUGACCUGAUCAAGAAACAACCACCGGAGGACGAGAAGCAAUUAUAUCACAAGGACAUUGAUUCAAAACCUGAGAUUGACAUGAACCGUUCGAAUGAGAUGGAGACGCCGUCACGUGACCUGAACACAAGCCAAACACGAGACGACAAUAACCGUCCUUCAUCAGACGUCCAUCGCAAACGAGUCGCUGACGAGAACCGAGGAACCGAUGAAGACGAGGAGACAUUAGGCGACGGAGACAAAAACCAAGGAAACGGACCGUCUCGUGAAGACGAGAACCGAAAAGCUGAUUCGGGUGACGCAAAUCAGAAGCAAUCAGGUUUUGGCAAACACAAGUCCAAUUGUUUUGGGUGUAGGAAAUGGGGCAAUUGAACUGUUGUAUUUUGUAAACAAAACCAAAUGUUGGGGAAAGCUGACUUUUAGUGGUCCCUAACUGUCGACCAAUAACAUCUAUUUCUUUUCAAGGUCGUGAGAAAUAAUAAUAAUAAUAGUUCUGUGCUGAAUUCCCCUCGUGGAGGAAUGGGUUAAGUUUAGAAGCUGGCUAAGGGUAGGGGUUUAACAACUUUUUAGGUUAAAUAGUGGCAAGGUCUAAGAAUUCUGGUUAAGGUUAGCGCCAAUGUUUAGAGUAAGGGUUAAUGGUUUGGGGGGUUUUGGUUAGGUUUAGUAAAGGAGUAAGGGAAGUCGGCUUUACCGUUCGUGAUUGGUCAAAAGUUAGGGACCACUAAAAGUAAGGUUAGGUUAGCUAACCCUAACCCUAACCCUAACCCUAACCGUGCUAUGAGAGGACAAACCGUCCAAAUGUCAACAUUCCCUUUAGAGAUAACACGCUUAGAAAGACGCGAGCACCUUCCCCUCAGCUGCUUGAUUUUCAUUUGUCCGUCGGUCAGAGCUGAUAUUUAUAUUUUUGCAUUGUGUAAUAUGCUAGAGAGAAAAGUGUUUAUUUUGCAAAGCCUUUGUCGCUCUAUAUUUCUAUUUUUGUGUUGAAAAGAGUCCACUCAGGGAAAGCUACCAAAGACAGAGAACCACGUCCGUUCAAUCCGCAUUUCCCUUCUGGUUAGCACACCACUUUGCCGUAGCUCAGGUAGCCACGCGCACACACAAUGACACAAUGGGAAUACAAUUUCCCGGCUAAAAUUGGUUCAGGGGACUGCUGCUACUGCAGCCGCCGGAACCCGCCGCUUUACAUUGGACGAAUGGCUACCAACGGGAAUCAAUUCUGCCGGAGCGACGAGGAACGAACGGGUCCGAUCGGUGGGCAACGACGUCAGGGCUGACCGGCGGGUCAAAGGAGAAGAAAAUGAACUCGUGACAAGAGUUGAUGACAUGUUGAGCUAAUCGCAAAUGCGUUCACUACUAAUAAAGUUGUGUUUUGAGAAAUGUGGCAAGUCUUAUCAUUUUGCAGAAGUGCUACAUGCCGCUGUGACUUCACUCCUCACAAAUCAGAAUUCCAGUUCUGAAAGUUUAUUAACAUUUCAUGAUACUUUUCCCAAUUCAGUGCUUGAACAGUCAGUGAAAAAAUGUCCGACAUUUUCCAGAAGUAUUCAUUUUGUUUCCAGUUCCGCAGCUUUACGACAUGA